CGUGGCCGUGACAGGAGGAAAGGUCCUCCAGGCCACUAGCUGUAGCCUCUUCUGCGGGUCAGGUAAUGACGGGCACGGAGCUCUGCUGCCACCAUGGUCUUCACUGUCGCCAACCAGCCCCAGCUCAUCCGCAGCUGCCAGAAGGACGAGCAGUUCCAGGGCGGCCUGAGAGGCCGGGCACAUGAGGCCUUCCAGGCGUUCACAGGUGUCAAAAAAUGGCUGCAGUGGAGAAAAGAAAUAGAACUCUUAUGCGAUCUCACGUACUACACACUGACUACAUUUUCAGGUUACCAGACUCUCGGGGAGGAGUAUGUUAAUAUUGUGCAGGUUGACUCUUCUAAGCGGAAAGUGCCAUCCUUCCUGCAGCGCACUUUGCUCAUCUGCUGUCACACCCUUUUCCCUUACCUACUGGAUAAGGAGCUGGUGCGUCUGGAGCAUGAACUCCAGAUAGAAGCAGAUGGAGCCCGGGUACCGCACAGCAUCUUGUCCUCUGGAUCCCAUCACCGCUCAUUGAUGUGGAAGUGGAUUCACAGAAAGAUAGCUGCCCUCUCCGACCAUCAGAGAAAGACAUUGGUAAAGAGUGUGUAUAUCUUCCGACAGAGUAUUACCUUCCUCCGGAGGUUUCAUCUAGCCAUAUUCUACGUGCGCGGAGCGUUCUACCAUAUCGCCAAACGGAUAACUGGUAUCACCUAUCUCCGUGUGCGUGCAUCCCCGCGGGAUGAUGCUGUUGUGCGUAAGAGUUACACUGUCCUUGGUGCAGUGUCUUUGGUUCAUCUCCUGUUGCUGGUCUUCCUUCACCUACGGAGCGUUCAGCAGAAACAAGAGGCACAGCAGAAGUUUAAACUCUAUCGAAGGAUGUCUUACCAGAGAGCACCACCACAUGAGAAGUCUUACCAGCGGCCUUCAAAGUGCACCUUAUGCUUAGAACACAGGCGGCACAGCACGGCAACCCCUUGUGGACACCUCUUCUGCUGGGAGUGCAUCACCGAGUGGUGUAAUAAUAAGGCUGAAUGCCCAUUAUGUCGGGAGAAAUUUCAUUCACAGAAAUUGGUCUACUUGAGGCACUACCGAUGAGCUUCCCAAAUGCUUCCUCCACCUCAAGGGCUUCACCAGACAUCGUCUUAAUCAGCUGCUUAACUCCUCACAUUUAGGGUUCAGGUUUUGUAACCCAUUAUAUGAAAGUACAACUACUCCAGGCCAAACUAACAGUCUGAGGUUUACAGGAUAUAUGCGUCAUAAUACUGUACUAUCAGAUAUAUGAAAAAUUUAUAAUUUGUAGAAGACUUGCAUUAGUGUCUUUCUAACCAUGAAGCAGAAAUGACCAGUUUGAUUUUUGUAGAACUUCAGAUGGUCAUUGUAUCAGCAGCUGUAUAAUCUUUACUGUCAACUGAGCUCUGUCGCCACCUGCUGGCUGCUAGCAUUAUGGUUUAUCUGCUUCUUUACAUGUAAUGUCAGGAGUUGGCUGGUAAUACACAAGUACGAUUUUUAGUCUGACCCUCAUGGGGCAACGUAGCAGCAUAAAAUCAGUAGUGAGGUGACUCCCAUUAUUCCCUAUUUGCGGGGGAUGUAACUGGCUUUGAGAGAACCUG